CUCUGUGUGGCCAUAAUGGAGCAGAUUGGAUUGCUGGCGGAUGAGGGCGCCUCACCGCCAUUUGAAACACACACGUACUGGCUCCGUCUCAGCUACGUAGCGUGUGUAGCCCCCUGAAAGUGAGCUUGGAUGAUGAGCCGAGCGACAAGGCUGGACCCAGAAUCUUGACAACAGGAAAGAGGCACGAACCCGAUUUUUUCUUUCCCCCACCUCCCCUCAAAUGAUUCGGGUGAUGUGACAGAAGCCCCCCGAUCGCAGAGAUCUCACCGGGGGCCGAGCGGGGGCUGCAGUGAAGACGCAGGACUUUUUUUUUUUUUUUUUUUGGUUUUGCUGUCACGCUGGCCAUCAGAUGACCAAGUUGUGAAAAGUCGGAUCUGCGUUGCCCUUGCAGUUUUUAUCCUUACUUCUGUCUUCUUCCCCCACCACCUCGAGACUUCGUACCAAACAUCAUGUCAGUCUCGUCGUCGUCGUCGUCGUCCUCCUCCUCCUCCUCCUCCACAUCCAAUCUCCUGCUCCUUCUCCUGGUUUCCUCCCUGGAUUGGCUGUCCACUCGGGGAUCUGCGCUGGCGAUGGACCACAUGACAUCAUCAGCCCCUGUUGGACCACAUUUCACGGAGUGCGUAUCGAGGGAGCAGGAGACAUUCCGAUGCUGGUGGAGUCCAGGCGGCUUCCACAACCUGUCCUCCCCUGGAGCGCUCCGAGUCUUCUACCUUAAGAAAGACUCGCCCACCAGUGAAUGGAAAGAGUGUCCAGAGUAUAGCCACUUGAAAAGGGAGUGCUUCUUCGAUGUCAAUCACACGUCCGUUUGGGUCCCCUACUGCAUGCAGCUCCGUGGCCAAAACAAUGUCACCUAUCUAGACGAGGACUACUGUUUCACCGUAGAGAAUAUCGUGCGUCCUGACCCACCAGUGUCUCUAAACUGGACCCUUCUGAAUAUUAGCCCCUCUGGGCUCAGUUAUGAUGUCAUGGUCAACUGGGAGCCCCCUCCCUCUGCAGACGUCGGGGCGGGCUGGAUGCGCAUCGAGUACGAGAUCCAGUACACAGAGAGAAAUACCUCAAACUGGGAAGCAUUGGAGAUGCAGCCGCACACCCAGCAGACAAUCUACGGUCUGCAAAUAGGAAAAGAGUACCAAGUGCACAUCCGCUGCCGGAUGCAGGCCUUCGUCAAGUUUGGAGAGUUCAGCGACUCCGUCUUCAUUCAAGUGACUGAGAUCCCCAGCCAGGACUCUAAUGUCCCCUUCAAGCUGGCUCUCAUCUUCGGGGUUUUGGGAAUCCUCAUACUCAUCUUGCUCAUUGGCAUCUCUCAGCAGCCCAGAUUAAUGAUGAUUCUGUUGCCACCGGUUCCUGCACCUAAAAUUAAAGGCAUCGAUCCGGAGCUGUUAAAGAAGGGGAAGCUGGAUGAGCUGAAUUUCAUCCUGAGCGGUGGAGGUAUGGGAGGCCUAUCGACCUAUGCGCCGGAUUUCUACCAAGACGAGCCAUGGGUGGAGUUCAUCGAGGUGGACGCCGAGGAUGCAGAUGCUGCAGAGAAGGAGGAGAACCAGGGCUCAGACACCCAGAGGCUGCUGGAUCCGGCCCAGCCUGUCAGCCACCACAUGAACAUAGGGUGCGCCAAUGCCAUCAGCUUUCCUGAUGAUGACUCGGGUCGUGCCAGCUGUUACGACCCAGAUCUGCACGACCAGGACACCUUAAUGCUGAUGGCGACCCUGCUGCCGGGCCAGCCAGAGGCUGGAGAAGACUCCUUCGAUGUUGUGGAGAGCGCUCCGGUCAUAGAGAGAAGCGAGAGGCCCCUCGUGCAAGCCCAAACUGGGGGGCCCCAGACUUGGCUCAACACAGACUUCUAUGCCCAGGUCAGCAAUGUCAUGCCUUCUGGAGGUGUGGUGCUGUCUCCUGGCCAGCAACUCCGACUCCAAGAGAGCACCUCAGCCACAGAGGAGGAAGCACAAAAGAAGGGAAAAGGCAGCGAGGACAGUGAGGUGAAGGCGCAGAAGGAGCUGCAGUUUCAGCUGCUGGUCGUGGAUCCUGAAGGAAACGGCUACACCACAGAGAGCAACGCCCGGCAGAUCAGCACUCCCCCUAGUACCCCCAUGCCUGGCAGCGGGUACCAAACCAUACACCCUCAGCCGGUGGAGACCAAACCUGCAGCCACCGCUGAGAAUAACCAAUCACCUUACAUACUUCCUGACUCUCCCCAGUCCCAGUUCUUUGCCCCUGUCGCAGACUACACGGUGGUGCAGGAGGUGGACAGUCAGCACAGUCUGCUCCUCAACCCGCCUCCCCGCCAGUCUCCCCCUCCCUGCCUGCCACAUCACCCCGCCAAGGCCCUACCUGCUAUGCCUGUAGGUUAGAGCCGUCAGAUCACCCCGCCACCUGAGCUGACAUGGGUGGAUGGGGCAGCUUGAGCAAAGUGUGCACUGUAAUUCUCUGACAUGUGUGCUUCAUGUUUAUAACUAAACAAAAGGUAUCUAUAUAUUAAUUCAUGUCAGAACUGGAAACAGCUGCAUUGUGUUUGCAAUUGUGGAAAAAAUGCAACACCAUAAUAGUUUGUCAUAAAAUGACUUGGCUUCAUUUUUUCUUGUGCCUCAAUCAUUUUUUCAGACCCUCUCGACCUUGGAGCCACUGUCCCUCGUCCCUGUUGGCUGCUGUAUUACUCAAAGCCAAGAACAUGUGUUGAUCUUUGAUGAUUUGAUAUUGCUCUCAUACCAGUUGAGCCUUUCUGGUGUUGUAUAAGCUUGCAACAAGUUACACAAUAAAUGUAUAUACAGCAUCUCAA